AUGUCGUCGGACAACGCCAACGCAACCAGCGCGAAGCCGCCGAUUGCCGCCAAGAAACCGCACUGCGUCACGUUUGGCUACGUGGAGGGGGAGGACCGUGGCCCGAACCCGAUGAACCCGCCACGCUAUCGUGAGGACCCGUACUUCUGGAUGCGCGAUGACGCUCGAAAAGAUUUGGCUGUGAUUGAGCAUCUCAACAAGGAGAAGGCCUACUUUGAGGCCCGCAGCGCCGACAUUGCGCAGCUACGCGAUGACAUCUACGCAGAGCACCUCUCGCACAUCAAGGAGGACGACAUGUCCGCGCCCUACGUGGAUGGCCCAUACCUGUACUACACCCGCGAGGUGAAAGGUCAGUCUUACAAGAUUUACUGCCGCGUACCCAAAGGUGAGAAGCCCGGCGACCCCGCGGCGGAGCAGAUCAUCAUCAACGUCAACCAGGUCGCCGAGGGCAAGCCGUUCUGUGACGUGAUGGAAGUGGAGCCGGCGCCGCAGGAGCACGACCUCGUGGCCUUCUCGGUAGACGUGAGCGGCAACGAGGUGUACGCCAUUGAAUUCAAGAAGGUGUCGAACCCGUGCGAAAAAAUCGCUGAUACAGUGACCGGAACGAACGGCGAGAUUGUGUGGGGCCUGGACCACACGUCCUUCUUCUACCUGACCAAAGAUGAGACACUGCGCGACAACAAGGUGUGGCGCCACGUGAUGGGCCAGCCGCAGUCCGAGGACGUCUGCCUCUACGAGGAAAACAACCCACUAUUCAGCGCCUUCAUCUACAAGUCCGCAGACAGAAACACGCUUUGCAUCGGCUCGCAGUCGUCGGAGACGACAGAGAUUCACCUGCUUGAUCUACGCAAGGGCAAUGCCCACAAUACGCUUGAGAUGGUGCGGCCGCGCCAGAAAGGCGUGCGCUACGACGUGCAGCUGCAUGGCGCUAGCCAUCUUCUCAUCCUUACGAACGAGGGUGGGGCGGUGAACCACAAGCUUGUCAUGGCACCGCGCGAGCAGCCAAGCGACUUCUCGAGGGUGCUGGUGGGUCAUAACGAGGACGUGUUUAUGCAAACCAUCGCGGUGCGCGCGCACUACCUCGUCGUGGAAGGCCGCCGCGCCGGGCUGACGCGCAUCUGGACGAUGAUGGUGGACCCAAAGGACGGCAUCUUCAAGGCCGACACCGGGCUGCGCGAGGUGGAGAUGAAGGAACCGAUCUUCACGGCGCACCUCGUGGAGUCCCAGAUGGCGGAGUACGAAGAGCCGACGUUCCGCAUGGAGUACUCGUCCCUCGCCACGCCAAACACCUGGUUUGACGUCGACCCGCGGGACCACUCUCGCACCACUGUGAAGGUGCGCGAGGUCGGCGGUGGAUUCGACCCCGCCAACUACAAAGUGGAGCGCCGCUUCGCCACCGCGCCGGACCAGACCAAGAUUCCGCUCUCGAUCGUCUAUCACAAGGACCUCGACGUGAGCCAGCCGCAGCCGUGCAUGCUGUACGGGUAUGGCAGCUACGGCCUCUGUGUGGACCCUAAGUUCAGCAUUCAGCACCUGCCCUACUGUGACCGUGGCAUGAUCUACGCCAUAGCCCACAUUCGCGGUGGCAGUGAGAUGGGCCGUGCGUGGUACGAAAUAGGGGCCAAAUACCUCACAAAGCGCAACACCUUUUCCGACUUCAUCGCAGCAGCCGAGUGCUUGGUGGAUGCGAAGAUGACGACGCCGUCACAACUGGCCUGCGAGGGGCGUAGCGCCGGCGGUCUGCUGGUGGGCACGGUGCUGAACAUGCGUCCCGAUCUCUUCAAAGCGGCCCUCGCCGGCGUGCCGUUCGUGGAUGUGAUGACGACCAUGUGCGACCCCAGCAUCCCCCUGACGACUGGCGAGUGGGAAGAAUGGGGAAACCCGAACGAGUACAAGUACUACGACUACAUGCUGAGCUACAGCCCCGUAGACAACGUCCGCGCGCAGGCGUACCCAAACAUCAUGAUCCAGUCCGGAUUUCACGACCCCCGCGUGGCCUACUGGGAGCCGGCCAAGUGGGUGACCAAGCUGCGUGAGUACAAGACGGACAACAAUGAAAUUCUACUGAACAUGGACAUGGAGAGCGGACACUUCUCCGCCAAAGACCGCUACAAGUUCUGGAAGGAGUCGGCGAUUCAGCAGGCGUUCGUCUGCAAGCACCUGAAGAGCACCGUGCGCAUGCUGUCUCGCAGGUAA